AUGUCGACCUACAUUGAUAUCGUGUUGGAAAAUCCGCAAUAUGCGGUGUUAUCUACUAUCUCCCUUAUUGCCAUUCUUAUUGCAAAUUAUUCUUUUUUCGCCAAGGACGACAAGUACCCGGUUUUGAAUCCAAAGAAACCCUUCGAAUGGAGCAACACGCGUGUGGUCAAAGAGUUCACUGAGAAUAGCAAGAGCCUCCUUGCCCAUGCGCGCUCUGUCUAUGGAGAGCAGCCCUACAGGGCUUACACUGAUAUGGGCAAAGUUCUGGUGAUACCUCCUUCAUGGGUUCAUGCCUUGAGAAGCAAGAAGGAACUAGACUUUAGAAUUCCAGCCCAAGAAGACUCUCAUGAAUACAUUCCUGGAUUCGAUGGUUUUGGUUUCCACGCCAACAUGCCCACUGUUAUCACGAAAUAUGUUACAAAAUCUUUAGCCAAGAUGACUGGCCCUAUCUCGGAGGAAACGUCACUAUCAAUUCGCGACCGGCUCACCGACUCAAAAGAAUGGCACUCAAUCAACCCGCCGAAAGAAAUGAUCCGCAUUGUUUCCCGUGUCUCCUCCCGAAUCUUCAUGGGCAAGGAACUCUGCCGUGACGAAGCGUGGACCAAAGCUUCGAGUGACUACACCGUGGUAGCCUUUGCAUCUAUCGCUCUCCUUCGAGUAUACCCGAGGUGGCUUCGCCCUUAUAUCCAUUGGUUUCUUCCUUAUUGUAAAGAAGCCCGCAGAUUGCUGAAGGAAGCUCGUGAAUGCCUCCAGCCUCACCUUGAUCGUCGAGAGGUUAUCAAACAGCAAGCUCUGGCGCAGGGACAACCUUGCCCCUUUGAUGACGCAAUUGAGUGGUUCAACAAUGAGUACGAUAAGCACGAUCCAGCCACACAGCAAAUCUCCAUCUCUAUUGUCGCGUACCACACUACUUCUGAUUUGUUGUGUGAGACUCUUCUCAAUCUUUGUCAACAUCCUGAGCUUUUUAAGCCUGUCCGUGACGAGAUUAUCACGGUCCUCCGUCAAGAGGGCGGUAUAACCAAAGCAGCUCUGUAUAACAUGAAGUUGCUGGACAGUGUUAUCAAAGAGUCCCAAAGAUUACGACCAAUCUUGCUGGGUGCAUUUAGAAGAAAAGCCAUGGCUGAUGUUACUCUUCCCAAUGGCGAUGUCCUCCGGAAGGGCGAUAGAGUCAUCGGAGAGACAACACAUAUGUGGGGUCCUGAAUCUUACGAUAACGCGCUUGAGUUUGACCCCUAUCGCUACGUCCGAAUGCGCGAGUCAGGCGAGGAGAACAAAGCUCACCUCGUGAGCACUAGCCCCGAGCACCUUGGAUUCGGACAUGGCGUACACGCAUGCCCCGGACGCUUCCUGGCUGCCAACGAAAUCAAGAUCUUGUUAUGCCAUUUACUUCUCAAGUAUGAUUGGAAGCUUCCAGAGGGUGCAGAGCCUAAGCCAAGUUUUGCAAGCUUUAGAAUAGAUGGUGACAAGACUACAAACCUCUUGAUUCGACGUCGCACUGAGGAACUAGAUAUUGAUUCCCUUUCAGCUUGA